CCGGGGCGGGCGGCGGGGCCCGCCGGGCGGCCGGCGCCAUGGGCACGGUGCUGUCGCUGUCGCCGAGCUACCGGAAGGCCCCGCUGUUCGAGGAGGGGGCGGCCACGGUGGGGCACUACACGGCGGUGCAGAACAGCAAGAACGCCAAGGAGAAGGGCCUGAAGCGGCACUCGCUCAUCUCGGUGCUGCCCUGGAAGCGCAUCGCCGCCGUCUCCGCCAAGAAGAAGAGCUCCAAGAAGGUGCAGCCCAACGGCGGCUACCAGAGCAACGUGACCCACCUCAACAACGAGAACCUGAAGAAGUCCCUGUCGUGCGCCAACCUCGCCACCUUCGCCCCGCCGCCGCCCGCCGCCGCCGCCGCCGCCCUCGCCUCGGCGCAGAAGGUGCCGCCGGCCGCGCCCGCCGCCGCCGCCGCGACCCCGCGCCGGGUGGUGGUGCAGGCGUCCACCAGCGAGCUGCUGCGCUGCCUCGGCGAGUUCCUGUGCCGCCGCUGCUACCGCCUCAAGCACCUCUCGCCCACCGACCCCGUGCUCUGGCUGCGCUCCGUGGACCGCUCGCUGCUGCUGCAGGGCUGGCAGGACCAGGGCUUCAUCACGCCCGCCAACGUGGUCUUCCUCUACAUGCUGUGCCGGGACGUCAUCUCGGCCGAGGUGGCCACCGACCACGAACUGCAGGCAGUGCUGCUCACCUGCCUGUACCUGUCCUACUCCUACAUGGGCAACGAGAUCUCCUACCCGCUCAAGCCCUUCCUGGUGGAGAGCUGUAAGGAGGCCUUCUGGGACCGCUGCCUCUCCAUCAUCGACCUCAUGAGCCCCAAGAUGCUGCAGGUCAACGCCGACCCGCACUACUUCACGCAGGUCUUCGCCGACCUCAAGAAGGAGAGCGGCUCCGAGGAGAAGGGGCGGCUGCUCAUCGGCCUCGACCGUGGUAUGGCGCAUGCAAACAGGAGCAUUUUGUGUCUUCAGAGCAAAAAACACGGAAAAAGGCAAAAAAAACCACGUUAAAAAACAAAACUGGAGGAGAAAAAAAAAACCUGAAUGAGAGAGAUGGCUGGGAAAAAAAUGUGACAGCCAGAGCUGGCUGGAAAAAUGGCACCCAGGGAUGAUGGCUGGGAGAUAACUGCACCCAGGGAUGAUGGCUGGGAGAUGACAGCACCCAGGGAUGAUGGCUGGGAGAUAACAGCAUCCAGGGAUGAUGGCUGGGAGAUGACAGCACCCAGGGAUGAUGGCUGGGAGAUGACAGCACCCAGGGAUGAUGGCUGGGAGAUAACUGCACCCAGGGAUGAUGGCUGGGAGAUAACUGCACCCAGGGAUGAUGGCUGGGAGAUGACAGCACCCAGGGAUGAUGGCUGGGAGAUAACAGCAUCCAGGGAUGAUGGCUGGGAGAUAACUGCACCCAGGGAUGAUGGCUGGGAGAUGACAGCACCCAGGGAUGAUGGCUGGGAGAUAACUGCACCCAGGGAUGAUGGCUGGGAGAUAACUGCACCCAGGGAUGAUGGCUGGGAGAUGACAGCACCCAGGGAUGAUGGCUGGGAGAUAACUGCACCCAGGGAUGAUGGCUGGGAGAUGACAGCACCCAGGGAUGAUGGCUGGGAGAUACCAGCACCCAGGGAUGAUGGCUGUAUAAAAAUGACACCCAGAGCUGGCUGGAAAGUGAUACCCAGAGAGGAUGGCUGGAAAAUAACGACAACCAGAGAUGGCUGUAGGACUGCCACCCAGCUGCCUGUAGGAUUGCCACCCAGCUGCCUGUAGGAUUGCCACCCAGCUGCCUGUAGGAUGCCCCGUGCCCAGGAUGCGCCGGCAGCGCGGUGCCGCAGCGCUGAGCCCGGCAGGCCCAGGCACCUCCUGCUGCUUCUGGCUUUUAACCAUUCUCGAUUUUUUCCUCUGUGUGUGUGUUUUUUCUUUCCCCCUCCGUGUGCACAGCUGUGGCUGGGUUCAGGCCCGUGGGGCGUUUCAGAGGGAGGGAUGCUGUGGCCGCUGCCCGUGGGACCCCGCUGACACCGUUGUCUGUACAGACCUUUUUCUUUUCCUCUCUCAUUUUUUUUAGUGCAAUCUCUUCUGUAGCUCUUUGUUGACCAAAUUGGUGGGUGUUGUUACUGGAUUAAUUUAUACUCGUCUCACUGUGUGUGUGUGGUGUGUUUGUAGGUGUGUGUGGUGGAUAACCCGGCGCCUGUGUCGUGGGGCUCCGUGUGCCUGCCAUCUACCCCCCACCCCUUCUUUUUAUUUAUUUUUGUACUGUGCUGAUGAAAUAAAACUGCACUGACCAUCCAUUA